UUCAGUUCUUAAACGAAAAACUGUCGUGCCGUUGCGUUUCAAUGGUAAAUAUGUUGUUUGUUUGCUGGAUAACAGGAAAAAUCGGUAUGAAACGGAAACGUAUGUAAAGAAGCUGAAUAGUUUGGUUGGAAAAUUGUACAAAACAGAAAUUCGGAAUAGAAAAGUCAAAAGGUGCUUGUGUGUAUCGAUUAAAACGUUCAUCAGAAAUCGCGAUAUAGAUGUGCCAUCUUUCGUAAUCAAUCAAUUGUGUGCCGCAUCAGUGCUUCGCAUCUCAAAGGAUUAUAUCUGUCUUUUCGUUAGUGUGAAAUAAAUAACUUCGGCAAUAUUUGAACAUUCACGUGUGGUGAUACUAUUUGUGUGGCUUUUGUAUAGCAUAAAGAAAUACGGUGACAAAGAUGCAGUAAAUCAAUUCGAAGAAUGGAUUGUUUUUGAUCUGAUUCAGUGACGCAUAGGAGAGAAAAUAUUGUUCGUUGAACAAUCGAAGAGUGUGAAAAAUUGAAGAAAAUCACGUGCACGGAGAAAAUCAGUCAAAAGUAAAUUGAAAUUUCAUCAAAUCAGCGAUCUCCAUUGAACAAUAUCGGAUUAUAUACACAUCAGAAUUCUACAAAUAUUUUCGGCUAGAACACUGAAGUGGUUUUUGUUCAAUUCUUUUUUUAUCAUUUUCAAUUUGGAUAUUUCGGUGUAGCACGAUUGUUUGCAACAGAGCUGAAAAUUCACAUCAAACUGAUUGGAGCCGGUUUGCAGCACCCGUUAACACGGGAUGGUGCUGAUUCCUUUUGGAAAAUGCCGCAUGCAGAACGAAUAAUGCAUGGGCACGCGACUUCAGUGAGUCAAAGUGCCCUUUUCGGAUGUUCGACAGCUGGCCAUAGUGGCAUCAAUCAACUGGGUGGCGUAUAUGUAAACGGUCGACCGUUACCCGAUUCGACGAGACAAAAAAUUGUCGAACUAGCUCAUUCAGGUGCUAGACCCUGUGAUAUUUCACGCAUUCUUCAAGUGUCAAAUGGAUGCGUUAGCAAAAUUCUUGGAAGGUAUUAUGAAACCGGUUCAAUAAAACCGCGUGCAAUUGGUGGAUCAAAACCUCGUGUGGCCACAACUCCCGUAGUGCAAAAAAUAGCCGACUACAAACGUGAAUGUCCUAGUAUUUUUGCAUGGGAAAUUCGCGACAGAUUGCUAUCAGAAGCGGUUUGCAAUAGUGAUAAUAUACCAAGUGUUUCGUCAAUAAAUAGAGUUUUACGUAAUUUAGCAUCGCAAAAAGAGCAGCAGGCCCAACACCAAAGUGAAUCCGUUUAUGAUAAAUUACGAAUGUUUAAUGGACAAUCAGGUGGCUGGGCAUGGUAUCCAGGUGGUGCAACGCCAGCCCAUUUAUCAUUGCCACCAACGCCCGCAACGAAUUUAACCGGUCAAAUAACCCGAGACGACUUACAAAAACGUGAUCUGUUCGCCAGUGAAGUAAGCUCGCAUCCGAAUUCACAUGAAAGCACGUCGGAUGGUAACUCGGAGCAUAAUUCGUCUGGUGAUGAGGAUUCUCAGAUGAGGUUGCGGCUGAAACGAAAAUUACAACGAAACCGUACAUCAUUUACAAAUGAACAAAUUGAUAGUUUAGAAAAGGAAUUCGAACGUACCCACUACCCAGAUGUGUUUGCACGGGAAAAACUAGCAGAAAAAAUAGGUCUACCUGAAGCAAGGAUACAAGUCUGGUUUUCAAAUCGACGUGCUAAGUGGCGACGCGAAGAAAAAUUACGCAGUCAGCGUCGAUCUGUCGAUCAUUCUGGCGGAAAUGCUAGCACGCCAAAUGGUUCAAAUGGUAACAGCGCAAACAAUGUGAAUGGAAAUGCUGCAUCUGGCACAACAAGUGGAUUGAACAGUAACAAUAAUCUAGCCGGCAAUAAUAAUUCUUCCUCGCCGCCAGCGCCAAUCACACCUCGACUGCCACUAAAUUCUGGUUUCAAUUCAAUGUAUCCGACGAUACCCCAACCAAUAGCCACAAUGGCUGAUAGCUACAGUUGUUACAGUCCAAUGACCACAUCGCUGGGAUCGAUGACAUCGUCAUGCCUACAACAACGUGACAGCUAUCCGUACAUGUUUCACGAUCCGCUAGCGUUAAGUGCACAAUAUGCAGCACAUCCCCGACCACCAUGCAAUCCAUCAGCCGCUCAUCAACAGCCAUCACAACAUGCAUCGUAUGCGUCCGGCCCGAGUACGACGAGUACCGGAGUAAUAUCAGCUGGUGUUUCAGUACCUGUACAAAUACCGGCUCAAGGUGCAGAACUGGGAACAAAUUACUGGCCUCGAAUUCAGUGAUCAACGUUUUUCGGUCUUCCAUCGCAGUUGAUCUACAACAGUCAACAUACCAUCGACGAUGAUGAAGCCGAUUAGAGUUUAAAAUCGAGACCAUAGAUGGAUAAACGAUUGGCCAAUAUUGAACGAGACAGACGAACAUAAAAUUUUCUUUUAACUUUUCCGGUUUAUUUGUGAUUUUUUUCGGUUACUUUUCAUGUGUAAAACGCACCAAGCAAAGAAACAAAUUCGAAAUCGAGACUAGAAUUGUAAGUUGUUUUUUUUGGUUGUUUUAUUUUCCUUAAAUAUAAUUAGUAUGAUGUAUAAUGUAAUGUAUCUAAGGAGGGAGUGCAAGGAACUGGAAGCUCAGUUAUGAACUAAAUUGAAUUUGUUGUCAUUUGAGGUGUACGAUAACCAUCCACCAAAAAAAUGAGGAAAAAUAUGCUGAGCCGAUGUCACUUAAUAGACAUUAGGGAAGGGCAUCGAAGAUAAGAUUCGAUAUCGAAAUAGAAAUAGACGAAUGACCCUUUAAUAAUGCACAACUUCGACUUUAGAUUAUUCAUUGAGAAGUUUCCGUCAAGAUCACUAAUGUCCGUAAUAUCCAUUGAUGAAUUUAGUCGGGCAACACAGUAAGAGGGUAGAUCGGGUGAACUCUAAAGUGACAGCCAAAAUAUUUUUGCCGGCCGUAUGUAAAAAAACAGCUCUAAGGGACCUGGUCUAGGGAACAACUUACUGAUUCGGCCAAGAUUUUCUACUUAAACCUUCAAUGAAAUCGAAGACGACACCCUAAUGGACAUAAGACUUGAUGGAAACAACACUUCUAGUCGACAGAUUCUUACACUCAAAUGUACAACGAAAAGCCUUCUUCAGUCAAAUUGAGCCUCCUGUUUUUAAUGUAAAGCAAUUUAAGUGAUUAACAUAUUUGUAAGCAGACGACAGUCUUAAGCUAUGUAACACAACCGAAACAAAAGAAAAACACAAACAAUCGUGCCAAUAAGUACUUAAUAACCUACAUUCCAUAAAUGCAUUUUUGAAGUAAAUUUGUGAUCCGAAUUUACGUUCAAGUGUUAGAAUACACCAGUUAAGUUAUCUGGGUUUAACAAAUAUUUGAUCAGAGCUAAACCUGAAAUUACAAAAAUUAAAACCAUUUCCAUACCGAAACAUUUGCUCAUUCAGAAUAAAUUCGACAGUAUGUGUAUCACCAAACCGAUAAAGACUUCAACAGUUCUAAUAUUCCAAUUAGUGGCUAUUUUCUGUAACAUCAUAGAAGCAGUUCAUGACCUUUUUUUACCGUAAUAUUGUUGUGAACGCAAAAAUUAAUUUUUAACCUUUUACCUAAAAAUCGUGAUGUUGGUUCUGGAUAGCACAAACGAAAACGUAUACACUUUGCUAGUGCAACAAUUCGAGUCCCGAAUCAAUCCAAUGAAAAUU